CCCCCCAAAACCACCUUAUAAGCGCGCGCAUCCACGCUGUGUCUCCGGAGCUCGACGCAUUUCCGCCGCCCGCUCACCAGCUUGCCCGCGCGAAACGUUCCUCCGAGAGACGACGAUUCGACAGAGACAGGAAGGAGACGAGAGGAGGCAUGGACGCUGCCAGGUCGGUGACGCCGGGGGCCGUGUCCCUCAUCCUGGCGAACCCGUCGCCGGACUCCGCCGCCGACGUGCCGGAGAUCGUCGUCCAGGUCGUCGACCUCAAGCCCAUCGGCAUCCGCUUCACUUUCAUGGCGAGCGAUGGGACGGCGAAGAUCAAGGCGAUGCUCCCCACUCACUUCUCGUCGGAGGUCCAAUCCGGCAGCCUCCAGAACCUCGGCCUCAUCCGCAUCCUUGACUACACCUGCAACGCCAUCCCCAACAAACCCGAUAAGGCCUUGAUUAUUACCAAAUGUGAGGUUGUGUCCCAAGCCCUUGACGCCGAGAUCAAGAACGAGGUCAAGAAGGAAGAGGAGCCUGCCAUUGUCCUGAAGCCCAAGGAUGAAGGCGUGGUCGUAUCCAAGUCCGCAAAUGCUCCCCCCGUUGUUCUGAAACCGAAGCAGGAGGUGAAGUCCGCGUCCCAGAUUGUGAAUGAGCAGCGUGGAAAUGCUGCUCCUGCGGCGCGCCUGUCUAUGACAAGGAGGGUCCAUCCUUUGAUCUCCCUGAACCCCUACCAGGGUAACUGGGUCAUCAAGGUGCGGGUCACAAGCAAAGGCAACCUGAGAACUUACAGGAAUGCCCGUGGGGAAGGCUGUGUCUUCAAUGUUGAGCUCACUGAUGAGGAUGGCACCCAGAUCCAGGCCACCAUGUUCAAUGAGGCCGCGAAGAAGUUCUAUCCGAUGUUUGAGCUGGGGAAGGUCUACUAUGUCUCGAAAGGAUCACUUAGAAUAGCCAACAAACAGUUCAAGACUGUCCAGAAUGACUAUGAGAUGACCCUAAAUGAGAGUGCUGUUGUUGAGGAAGCUGAAGGGGAGACUUUCAUUCCACAGGUGCAAUAUAACUUUGUCAAGAUUGAUCAGCUGGGAUCAUAUGUCAAUGGCAGGGAGCUAGUAGAUAUUAUCUGUGUUGUUCAGAGUGUCUCGCCCACACUGAGUAUUAGGAGAAAGAUCGACAAUGAGACAAUUCCAAAGCGUGACAUUGUUGUAGCAGAUGACUCGGGCAAAACUGUUACUGCUUCUCUUUGGAAUGAUCUUGCUACCACCACUGGUCAAGAGCUCUUGGACAUGGUUGACAGUUCGCCUGUUAUUGCGAUUAAGAGCCUUAAAGUAUCUGACUUCCAAGGCGUGUCUCUUUCAACUAUAGGCAAAAGUACGCUUGUGAUUAACCCAGACAUGCCUGAGGCACAGAAGCUUAAAUCAUGGUACGACUCUGAAGGCAAGGGUACUUCAAUGGCACCAAUUGGUGCAGAUAUGAGUGCAGCAAGGUCCGGUGGCUUGAGAUCCAUGUAUUCUGAUAGAGUUUUUCUGUCCCACAUCGCCAGUGAUCCUACUAUGGGUCAGGAUAAGCCUGUUUCCUUCAGUUUGAAUGCCUUCAUCAGCCAUAUCAAGCCUGACCAGAACAUGUGGUACCGUGCUUGCAAGACCUGCAACAAGAAGGUGACUGAAGCUGUUGGAUCUGGAUACUGGUGUGAAGGAUGCCAAAAGAAUGACGCUGAGUGUUCACUGAGGUACAUCAUGGUCGUCAAGGUCAUUGAUCCCACUGGUGAGGCAUGGGUCUCCGUCUUCAACGAGCAUGCAGAGAAGAUCAUUGGCUGCAGCGCGGAUGAGCUUGAUCGGAUCAAGAAAGAUGAGGGCGACGACCGUUACAUUCUCAAGCUGAAAGAAGCUACCUGGGUUCCUCGUCUGUUCCGCGUCAGUGUCGCGCAACAUGAGUACAUGAGCGAGAGAAGGCAAAGGAUCACCGUCAGGAGUGAAGCGCCGCUUGACUACGCAGCUGAAUCGAGGUACCUGCUCGAGGAGAUCGCGAAGCUUACUGCCUGUUAGAUGCAGCGUUUCUGGUGAAAGAUUGAAGGACUGGCUCGAGAUGUUUUGCUGCCAAGGCUCUUGAAAUGUAGUAAUUUUAUAUGUCUUGAGUAGGUGCUCACUGGUGUUAGCGCUUGUGUAAUAUAUGUAGAUUUUUGCUUAGCGUUAUCUCAAGCAAGCAGAUAGGCUAGGCAGUUCA